AUGGCUAAAAAUUUGGUGGAACUUAUAGAAUUGAGGAUAAUAAAUUGUAAAAUGUUGAAAGAAGUCAUUAGUGAUGAGGGAGGUAAGGACGGGUAUAUAGUGACUUUCAAUCGGUUGAAGCAAAUGCAACUUGAUGGGUUGACAAGGUUGAGAUGUUUUAGCUCAAGUGAAUACACUUUGGUGUUCCCUCCCUUGGAAGACGUCAUUGUGAGUGGAUGUCCCAACAUGAAGUCCUUCUCUAAGGGAUCAAUAGUUGCGCCAAAGCUGGAGAGAAUACAAGCGACGGUUGCUAGAGUAAAGUUUAUGUGGCUGUCAGAGUUCCCUAAACUGAUUGGAAAAUGGCAUAGAGAACUUAAUCCCAUCAAGUCAUCUUGGCAAUUAGAAGGACUUGUGGUGGAUAAUUGUCCAUCAUUUAUUAACGCUAUUCAAUCCAAAUUGAUGCUUGUUUUAGAGAAAAUGACAAGCUUGCAUGUGCGCGUUUGCGAGUCUUUGGAAGAAAUAUUCAAUCUUGAAGGGCUUGAGCCUAUGGAAAGCACUCGGGUCCCGCCUCAGCUACAAGAUUUGGGUUUGGUCAAUCUACCGAAGUUGAGACAACUAUGGAAUAAAGAUCUUCAAGGAACAAUGUGCUUCAGUUCUCUAUCUUCUCUUACCCUUUAUAAUUGCAGCAACUUGAGUUAUGCUUUCACUCCAUCGAUGGCUCGGUGCCUUGCCAAUCUACAGGAGAUUGAAAUAAAGGAGUGUGGUCAAAUGGAAGAAGUAAUCGCAGAAGAAGAAGGGCAAGUAAGCGUGGUGGAGAAGAUCACAUUCCUAAGGCUCUGUAUGACGAAGCUGGAAUGCUUGCCCAAUUUAACUAGUUUUCUCUCGGGAAAGAAUCAUACGCUGGACUGUCCUCGCUUAACAGAGUUGACCAUUGACCAUUGCCCCAAGAUGAGAAGUUUGGCUUGGCAUUCUUGGAUGGAGACUGAUCACGGUACCCCCUCCCUCUUCACUCCACAGGUUAGCCUUCUUUUUCUUAACCCAAUGCUUUUGGUGUUUUGA